AUGCGUGACAGGUAUCGCCCUCGGCCAGGCGCUACUGCGGACGGCAACGUCAAGACUCCAUUACAGCCAAAAUCCGUGAAUGUGCUGGAUCGCCUCAUUAAACCCUUCAAAUGUCCCGGUUCCGCAACACAUACGCGAGUAUCCGAAAAACCGGCAAGGAAGAGAAGAAAGGUGAACUAUGCAGAUGCCGAUGGCAGCGUGGAAGAUGGUGCCGAAAAAGCGUACACAAAUGACGACCGGCUGGCGCUAGCGACUCGAGAAGUGAACAAAUUCCCCGUCUUCAAGCCAAAAGACUCCGAUACAGCAUUCAGACAGAAGUUCAGGAUCCCCUUGGUCAACAAGGACACCGGUGAAUACAAUGCAGGACGAGCAGCUCCUACCCUGGGCAUGCGACAAGGUGCCACGUUUGUGGCGAAACCACUGCACGACCCGAGUGGAGAGUUUGCAAUCGUUCUAUACGACCCGACUGUUGAUGAUGUUCCUGAAGAAGUCGAAUCAAAGGCAGAAGAGUCGAAGGAGUCCGCUGAGCCCAAGUUGGACGAGCCUCUAGUACAUAAAAGCCUAGCAGAUAUAUUGGGCAUUAAGAAGAAGGUUGAAGGAAGGCCAAAAGUACCUGUUGUUAUUGAUCCAAGACUCUCAAAGAUCUUGCGACCACACCAGGUGGAAGGAGUGAAGUUCUUGUACCGUGCUACCACUGGACUGAUUGAUAAGAAUGCAAAUGGUUGCAUCAUGGCAGAUGGGAUGGGUCUGGGAAAGACAUUACAAUGCAUCUCAUUAAUGUGGACAUUACUCAAACAAGAUCCAGAGGCAGGAAGGACGACAAUACAGAAAUGUGUAAUCGCAUGUCCAUCGAGUCUGGUGGGUAAUUGGGCCAAUGAGUUGACAAAAUGGCUUGGCAAAGAUGCUACCACGCCUUUUGCCAUUGAUGGCAAGGCGUCCAAGGCUGAGCUUAUUUCUCAGCUCAAGCAGUGGGCUAUUGCGUCGGGGCGGAGUGUCGUCAGACCCGUGCUCAUUGUAUCCUACGAGACACUCCGCAUGUACGUCGACGUUCUCAAGGAUACUUCGAUCGGUCUGCUUCUGUGUGACGAGGGACAUCGCCUCAAGAAUAAAGAGAGUUUGACGUGGAUGGCCCUGAACAGUCUCAAUGUCAGUCGCCGCGUGAUUCUGUCCGGCACGCCUAUUCAAAACGAUCUGUCGGAGUACUUUGCUUUACUCCACUUUGCCAAUCCCAAUCUUCUGGGUUCGCAAAAUGAGUUCAGAAAGAGAUUCGAGAUUCCCAUUCUUCGUGGCCGAGAUGCGGCAGGUACCGAAGAGGACAGAAAACUGGGUGAUGAACGCUUGCGAGAGCUGUCCGCCAUUGUCAACAAGUUCAUCAUCCGCCGCACCAACGACAUUCUAUCCAAGUACUUGCCUGUGAAAUACGAGCAUGUGGUGUUCUGCAAUAUGGCGCCUUUUCAAUUGGACCUCUACAACCACUUUAUCCAGAGUCCUGAGAUUCGCAGUCUGCUUCGAGGCAAAGGCAGUCAACCUUUGAAGGCGAUUGGAAUCUUGAAGAAGCUCUGCAAUCACCCCGACCUGCUGAAUCUCUCCGAGGAUCUUCCAGGCUGUGAGCACGCGUUCCCUGAAGAUUAUGCGCCUCCGGAAGCCCGUGGGCGUGAUCGAGACGUGAAAACCUGGUAUUCCGGCAAAAUGAUGGUGCUGGAUCGGAUGCUUGCCCGAAUCCGACAAGAUACGAAUGACAAGAUUGUGCUCAUCAGUAACUACACCCAGACCUUGGAUCUUUUCGAAAAGCUUUGUCGAUCGCGUGGAUAUGGCAGUCUCCGAUUGGAUGGUACCAUGAACAUCAAGAAGCGAACCAAGCUCGUGGACAAGUUCAAUAACCCGGAUGGCGAGGAGUUUGUUUUCCUGUUGAGCAGCAAGGCCGGUGGAUGCGGUCUCAACCUGAUCGGUGCCAACCGGCUGGUGCUAUUCGAUCCCGAUUGGAACCCGGCUGCAGACCAACAAGCCUUGGCUCGUGUCUGGCGUGAUGGCCAGAAGAAGGAUUGUUUCGUCUACCGAUUCAUUGCCACAGGGUCGAUUGAGGAAAAGAUCUUUCAGCGUCAAUCUCAUAAGCAGUCGCUAUCUUCUUGUGUUGUUGACUCUGCCGAGGAUGUGGAGCGCCACUUCUCUCUUGAGUCGCUGCGAGAGCUCUUCCAGUUCAAGCCCGAGACUCGCAGUGACACGCAUGACACAUUCAAGUGUAAGCGCUGUCGCGAAGACGGCACACAAUUUGUCAAGGCUCCGGCAAUGCUUUAUGGAGACACCAGUUCCUGGAAUCAUUUCGUCAACAAUGGGGAGAAUGGCCCCUUGGCCAAGAUUCAGGACCUGCUCAUCCGCCAGGAGACCGGGGAACGGGAUGUGUCAUCGGUGUUCCAGUACAUCAGUCAUUAG